GUUUGUAUGGGAGAAAAAAACUGCUGAACCGUUAUUUUGAUGUUCUUACUGGGAUUUUGGAUACUUAGUAAUUGUUUCAUAUUAUGCAACAUUUUAACUAAUGCAUUUAAAUCAAGUAUAAAACAGUAAAUUCUGUGAACACUGGAUCAAAACAUCCAUUCAAGCUUGCCAAGUAGAUUUAAUACGCUGAAUCUUGGUAUCCAAAAUCAAGAAGAAAACCUACCAGAAAAUCAGCAAUUGUACUAUAAUCCUUUUAACAUCAUGCCUUCACGUCGGCGAAGACGUGACAAUAGCAGUAAUGAAGAAACUGCUGCUAAGAAAAGUCGUGCACAACAGCCAAAAAAGGAGGUAUCUACAGAAUUUAAUAAGAAGCGCUGUCUAACAUGGUUUCAUGAGUAUACAGGUACAAGUGAAGAAACAUUAGGUCCAGAGGGCAUGGAAAAAUUUUGUGAGGACAUAGGAGUGGAACCUGAAAAUAUUGUAAUGCUGGCACUAGCAUACAAACUUAAUGCUAAAAAUAUGGGCUUCUUUACUGUUGAAGAGUGGAUGAAGGGAAUGACAGAAUUACAGUGUGACACAAUAGGGAAACUUCAGAACAGAUUAGACUACCUCAGGGCAAUGUUAAACGAUCCAGCCAUUUUCAAAAACAUUUACCGUUUUGCAUUUGAUUUUGCUAGAGAAAAAGAUCAGAGAAGUAUGGACAUAGAUACAGCAAAAGCAAUGCUCUCUUUGGUACUUGGAAAAAACUGGCCUCUUUUUUCAUCCUUCCAUCAGUUUUUAGAGCAAGCCAAAUAUAAAGUGAUAAAUAAAGAUCAGUGGUGCAAUAUAUUGGAGUUUAGCAGAGCUAUCAGACCAGAUUUAGAAAAUUAUGAUGAAGAUGGCGCAUGGCCAGUUAUGUUGGAUGAAUUUGUGGAAUGGUUAAAGGAACAUAAACUGCAUGCAGAUGAUCAAAUGCCUUUGUGAGUCUGAAUGGUCUAAAGAAUGAUCUUAUUAUGUUAUUUUAGAAGUUUUGUACAGCUGGCAUAAUGGAUGUCUGUGUGUCCAUAUCUGUUCACAAUUUAAAAUGAUUCGUUUUUUAAGAUUAUUUAAAAUUAUUUAACAUACCUGCUAAACAUUUAAUAAAAGGUGUACAGUUAUCUGGAUUCUUUACAAACUGCAGAUUAUGCAUAUUUUCAUUUAUUAAAAGUAUUUUUAAAAUGCUACAAAUUUUUUUUUAGUUAGUUGAAAUUUUAGUUUGUACUUUUUUAUUUUUUGUGUUCUACAAUAGAUUUUUAAGUUAGUUUGUCAGACAUCUCAUUCCAAUUCAAUGAUAAAAAAUGUUAACACAAGGAACAUUUUUUCUUAAAUUUUUUCCUUGUGAAGACUGCUGGUUAACAAAAAAAAAACGUCAACAGAAAGAGCCUCGAAUUUCUGUGCAUUGACUAUAAACUUCCAUACACAGCUGGUUUUUAAACAAAUACUUCAAGUUCAAACUAUAGAUUUCCCCUACAUUUGGGAUCAGUCUGAUGAAGAUACAGUAAGAGUAAACAGUUUUUAACCUCUUUAUGGCAAGUAUUUAAGUUUUAAUAAAUUUCCCGCACUAUUCAGAUCCAAAAUAUGUAUGUGACGAUCAUUGAAACUAUUUUGUUUGCUUGUUACUGUGUUGCCGUCAUUUAAAAAAAUAACUGCCAAUUAAAACAUUUUAAAAAAAAUAUAUUUUAGGCAUUCAGAAAGUUAAAAGGUAUUACUUUUAUUCUCUUAAAUAUAUUACUAUGAAAGCAUUAAGCUUUGAGAUAUCAUUGACAAGUAGCAGUAAAAUGUAAAGCUAAACAAUUUAUACAGCAGUUUCUAUCAGGUUUUUUUUUUUUUAUUUUGUUUGUCAGAAAUAUUGUAAAAAAUACAUUACUAAAUAUGCCUAGAAAAAAGAUUAGGGGGCUUUGAUGACGUGUUACUAGGAUUCAUUUGUAUAUUCCUUCUGUUUUUUCUUUCUAUUAUUAAAGAAUGCCUAUGUUUAUAGUAUUUUUUAUUUCAGAGUAAGCAUGUUAUUUAAGACUGAAUAGUUCAUCUAAGUCAUGUUCACACUUUAACAUCAACUGCUGGUUUAUUUGUCUUUAAUUUAUACUGGGAGAAAUCAUUUCAAUCAGUUAGUCACAGUGGUAUCUUACGUUAGAAAUUCUUUACCAUAUUAUUUAAGUUUCAGUGCUUGUAAAAUAGCCCAUGUAUAUAUUUGUUUUAUCAGUAUUGUAUUUGUAUCAUAUUUGUGUCUGGUUGAAUGUGGGAGGUGAGCUUUUAAUUCAAUUGAUCUUGCCAUUUUAUGUCUGAUUUGUGGUUAUGUAAAAAUACUUUGGACAUAUUUUUAAAAAAACCACAGGUUUCUUAUUUCUUUAUAUUAAACAAACUUGCUUGGUCAUAUUGGGAAGAUAAAAAAAUUUAGUUAGCUUUGUUACUAAAUUUGUCUUCCAGUACAAGAACAGUUAUACCAUUAGCAUUUAAAGAAAGUGAUAAAGUAUUCAUCAUGACACAUGCCACUUAAAUUCUUACUAAUUAUUAGUUGCUCCACAUCACAUUUGGGGCCAAUUUGUGUACCAUAUAUGUAAAUGAAUACUAUACAGACCUCUAUAAUGAAGAAAGCAGAAGAGGUUCAUUUUAAAAGGAAUCAAAUACUUUUGUUACAAAAAUAAGCUGAAAUUAAAGAAAUAUGUUUUUAAUUGUG